CGUCGGCUAAAAUUUUCAGAGCCCAAAUUUUGAAAUUUUUGAUAAAAUUCAUCGCAUGAACUCUCGUUAAGUUUGAGAUUUCCAAAAAAUUUUCAUCAAUAAUCUGUAAAUUUAUAAGUUAACCCUUAAAUUAUCCUUUGAAUUUGAAGUGAUCAUUAUAUCAUUAUGAAGCUUGUCAGAUUUUUAAUGAAACUUUCUAAUGAGACAUUAACGGUAGAAUUAAAAAAUGGAACCGUCGUGACUGGUACUGUUACUGGUGUUGAUGUCGCCAUGAAUACACAUAUGAAAUCUGUUAAAGUAGUUCCACCUAAAGGUUCUGAUCCAGUGAAAUUGGAAGCAUUGUCGAUUAGAGGAAAUAACAUCAGAUAUUUUCUAUUACCUGAUGCGUUACCUUUGGAGACGCUAUUAGUGGAUGAUACUCCAAAAACUAAAGCCAAAAAGAGAGAAGCCGCUGCACGAGGUAGAGGACGAGGUCGAGGAAGAGGUCGUGGUGGUGGUGGACGUGGUAGAGGAGCACCAGGAGGUGGUGGAAGCGGGGGAGGCAGUGGCGGUGGUGGUGGCGGUGGCGGUGCACCACCAAGAAAACGUUAAUUCAGAUAUUCGGUACUGUUCUAUACACUUUACCCAUUUUCGCGAUACAAUCAUCUUGUUUUAUAUACAGCGCUGAUGCUCUUGCCAUUUUGUAAUCUAUUGCCUCAAAAGGUCCGUGCUAUUAAAAGUGAUCAGAAUUUGAUGCUUUAAUGCAUAUAAAAUCAUUUCAACAUCUUGUUUAAAUUAUGUGUUUCCAAAUCAAGUGAACUUCUCAAUAAACUCUGGACUUAAAAUGGAAA